GUAUCUGUCCUGAUCGUGUCGGUUCUAUUUGGUUUACCUGCUGGAGCAUAUGGUGCUGGGAACGACGAAAUGUCUCGAGUAUUCAUCGUUAGCAACGACGGAUUCCCAUAUCUCCACUUUGCAACAACAUCAUGAAACAUGGGGGCUGCUCUUUUUCCUCUACUCUUCGUCCCUCUUACCGAGACUUCAGGUCGAAUGCCUGGGUACUUUGGAGCGUACAUCAUCUUCCUGAUAUUCCUGAUUCCAUGUGGCGUUGCUCAAAAUUUCCAAACUAUGGUUGUCUGUCGGUUUUUGGUGGAGGUUCAUCCUCGGUUGCAAUCAAUAUUGUUGGAGGUACCAUAUCCGAUGUGUGGAAAGGAGCUCAGCAACGUAGCUUGCCCAUGGCUCUGUUUGGGACAACAUCAGUUGUUGGUAUAGCCUUGGGACCAUUUGUUGGCGGCGCCAUCACAACACAUCUCUCAUUAAGAUGGAUUUACUGGGUCCUUCUCAUCUCCAUCGGUACUUUAUUGCCUGUCUUCUGGUUCUUCUUGGUUGAGACGAGAGGAGACAUCAUCCUUGCCCAAGACGCAAAGCGCUGGCGAAAAGAGCAUCCCGAUGCAGAACCUCGAUACGCGGAAGCAGAAAUCGAUCAGCCAUCAAUGAUUCAUCGCCUGAAAAUAUGGUUUAAGCGCCCCAUUAAAAUGUUGCUUACCGAAUGGGUUGUAUUCUCGCAGACACUUUGGGUGUCCUUUGCGUGGGGUCUGCUCUUCCUUUUCCAGUCUUCAGUCCCUCAAACAUUCUCUACCAACUACGGAUUCAACAAAUUUGAAAACUCCUUGAUCCAACUUGCACUUUCAGUUGGCGCAGUGGUGGCUACAAUCAUCAAUCCCAUUCAGGAUCAUCAAUACCUGGUAUCGGCGAAGAGGUCAAGAGACGGGCACACUAUCCCAGAAGCGAGGUUAUACUCCAGCGUCCCAGGAAGCCUGCUUUUCACCGCUGGCUUAUUCUGGUAUGGCUGGGCCAAUUAUCCGCACGUGCUUUGGGUAGUGCCCAUGUUUGGAAUUGGAUUUGUUGGCUUUGGCAUCUACAGCAUUUAUCUCGCAGUAGUCACUUAUCUCACCGACUCCUAUGAGAAGUAUGCAGCCUCAGCACUUUCUGCUGCUUCGCUUGGACGGAAUACCUUUGGUGCUUUCUUGCCCCUGGCUUCGCCUGCACUGUACACAAACUUGGGAUUCCAAUGGGCAAGCAGUUUAUUGGGUUUCAUCGCGUUGGUGUUGACACUUGCACCCGUCAUUCUGAUUGUGAAAGGAGAAGAGAUUAGGAAACGAAGUCCCUUUAUGAAAGAUGCUGUAUUUAAUAAGAAGGGAGACAAGGGUGAGAGUUCUGCUGAUCCUCAAAUUGGCGACGAAUUUCGAGCAUGAACAAGAUAAGAAUAUGACGAAUUCAAUAAAGAGAGUUAAGUACGGACUGUGUAAUCUUGACAUCAAAGCAGCGACACUUAAGUAUGGAUCAUAUGUGACUU